UCCCCGUCGCUGUAUCGCGCUGACAGCCAGCCUCAACACCGAUCCACACAUCACCGUGCGCCCGUCGUCGCUCACAUCAUCAGCGGUGCUGCACGGGAUACUCCGGGUUGUACGAUUCCUGUGGUAGCGGUGGUAGGUCGGCCCGUUAUUUACUCUGGCUUCUAGAGAAGUGUCAUCUUUAUCUCCCGUGACAGCCUCACCGUGGACACCAAAGACUGACAGCAUCUGUGGGCGCUACGAUGGAUGCUUCAAGUGCGCUCUCGUGAUCUACGCUCACCGGCUCGGUGGGGUCGUUUCAGCUUCCGUUUCAAACGGAAAGGAUAGAUUAUAUGCACAGCUCCUGCCUGUACGCGCAGUGAACGGGUAAAGAUGGGGAGCACGACCUCUUGCUGCGUGUCUGGGAGCCCCAAGCUCCGCAGAAAUGCCCACUCGAGGCUGGAGUCGUACCACCAGGAGUCGGAUAUGAGUAGGGAGGAGACGGGAUGCAACCUGCAGCACAUCAGCGACAGGGAGAACGUUGACGAGUUGAAUAUGGAGUACAAUCCAUCAGACCAUCCACGGGCGAGCACAAUAUUCCUCAGCAAAUCACAGAAUGACGGUGAGUGGCUUGGUUUUAUAGAAUUUCACAUAACAGGAAAUUUGUCUCUUUAUCAGGGUUUUUCGGUUCUGAAGAGAGGAAAAAUAAAUGUUUUAUUCCUUUUCAGAGAUGCAGACGGUGGGACGCUAUUAGAUAUCUUUGAUGAGAAGCUUCACCCUCUCUCGAAAUCAGAGGUUCCACCGGACUACAAUCAACACGAUCCGGAGCAGAAGCAGAUUUACCGUUUUGUCAGGACACUGUUCAGUGCUGCUCAGCUCACUGCUGAGUGUGCAAUUGUCACACUGGUUUAUCUGGAGAGGCUCCUGACCUAUGCAGAGAUUGACAUCUGUCCAGGAAACUGGAAGAGGAUCGUUCUGGGUGCUAUCCUGCUGGCUUCCAAAGUCUGGGAUGAUCAAGCUGUCUGGAAUGUCGACUACUGUCAGAUUCUGAAGGACAUCACAGUGGAGGAUAUCAAAGCCAUCUCCAGGCUAUGUGAUGACAAGUACAAAGACGUGCGGAAAGCUGCCAGGAAGCGCUCGGCGAGCAUGGACAAUCUAUGCGGGAUCCGAUGGGUUCCUGCAAUCCUCUCUUAACCACUAAUAUGCUGUCAUAUAGUGAAGAGUGACAUCGUGCUACAGACGCUGCCUGAAGGAGAAAACGUGUGUUUGUGCUCAGUGGAAGUGUGUCAGUGUGAAUGGACCCAGGGUGCAAAGCUACAUUCUGGAACAGCGAGUGUAACCUGGCACCAUCCAACGGACCUGGAGUCAAGAAUCGCAAACUACAGUUUAAGCGAACAAGACGUGUUUCUACUUUGACUUAAUGCCUUCAUAGUGCCUCGAUAUUUUUGUACUGUAAGAGGGAAGGGAGUUACUGGUUGCCACGUCAACCAUUCAAAGACAUUCGGAGACAACUCUAGUUUUGGAGUAUAAAGGAAAUCCAGGACAAGACAAAGGUCUGAAACUUUUGAGGACAUGGCAUUGUCAACCUGUCUCAGUGUAAAAAGUCUCAAUUCGGUUUUCUGGCUUUGUCCAGACAAAUCUCUCAGUUUUAACUAGCUUCAGAGAUUCUAAAUAACCUGUCUUUCAGAUAACCCUGCGUAUUAUUUAUUUAUUUUCUAAGUACUUUUCAACAUUUUCAACUGUGUUUGGCAAUUAGUAGUGUAGCACAGGACUUUCUACUGGUUAUUUAUUUCUUUGAUGGGAGUAAGAAUAAUAAAGAUUUCUUCUCUGGAAAUAUUCAAGGUUUACAGUUCUAGUGUACCUCUUUAUGCUCAGGUAGUCUGGUUGAUAUGUCGAUUGACUGUAAUGCUCCUCAUUUCGGUUAUUGGGAGGAUAAAUGAGAUUAGAUAAUGAAAUAAACACCAUAGAAAGAAAGGGCUAGAAUACAUUUAAAGUAUCCCUAUAGAUGUAUCAGUAUAGCAAAAAUCACCAGGUUUUCCUUCAGUAACAUGACUCCACCAAUUCAAAAGCAGGAGACAGCACGGCCCUCUGCUGACAUCUAGUGGUUAUUUGUGGUGUUGCAGAAAAAGGCUGCCAGUCCAGGGUAGGACUGGACGAAGUUACGUGUUAACAUUACAUCGAAAAAGUAUUUGCAACACAUGUUUCAGAGAACUUCUUUCCUAUUAUCCCAAAUAAUCCACAUUUUUUGCAGUGAACAGUCUUUAUAGACGUUGUAGUCAAAUUCUACACAGUAUUUUUUGUUACUGGCUGAAUGGGGAAAAAAAGAGAAAAGAUAGGUGAAAAGAUGGAAAGUUGUUUUGUACUGAACAUUUAUUUAACAAAACAAUACAUUUACUGUCAAACUCAAAUGUGCUGUUGCUACUUAAAAUGUUUUAUAGUCAAGUAAAAUUUAAUGUCUAACUUCAAACAAAGAGAAUGACAUAACUGGUCUGACAAGUGCACUGACCACUGGAUGCUGAUCUAUUGCAGAUGUGAGGAGGCUACCCAACAUUCCUUUGUUUAUAUAUGUUCAG